GGCGGCACCUCCGCUUCCUCCCGCGCGCCCCGCGGAGCCCGAGCCCGAGCCCGAGCCGUGCGGAGCCCCGCGGCGGGCCGACAGCCCGCGGCUGCUGACCCACCCGGCCCGAGCGCCGGCCACGGCCCCGCGCUCCGCCGCCGUCCCCGCCCGUUCAGCAAGAUGUCGGUGAAGGAGGGCGCGCAGCGCAAGUGGGCGGCGCUGAAGGAGAGGCUGGGGCCGCAGGACGCGGACCCCACGGAGGCCAACCUGGAGAGCGCGGAGCCCGAGCUCUGCAUCCGGCUCCUGCAGAUGCCCUCCGUGGUCAACUACUCGGGGCUGCGCAAGCGGCUGGAGGGCAGCGACGGUGGCUGGAUGGUGCAGUUCCUGGAGCAGAGCGGCCUGGACCUGCUGCUCGAGGCCCUGGCGCGCCUGUCGGGCCGCGGUGUGGCCCGCAUCGCCGACGCCCUGCUGCAGCUCACCUGCGUCAGCUGCGUGCGAGCGGUCAUGAACUCCCAGGAGGGCAUCCGCUAUAUCCUCAGCAACCAGGCGCACGUGCGCCAGCUCUCCCAGGCUCUGGACACGUCCAACGUGAUGGUCAAGAAGCAGGUGUUUGAGCUGCUCGCCGCCCUGUGCAUCUACUCGCCCGAAGGCCACGCCCUGACCCUGGACGCCCUGGACCAUUACAAGACGGUGUGCGGCCAGCGGUACCGCUUCAGCGUCAUCGUGAACGAGCUCUCAGACAGUGACAACGUGCCCUACGUGGCCACCCUGCUCAGCGUGGUCAACGCCAUCAUCCUGGGCCCCGAGGACGUCCGCGCGCGCGCCCAGCUGCGCAGCGAAUUCAUCGGGCUGCAGCUGCUGGACGUCCUGACGCGGCUGCGAGACCUGGAGGACGAGGACCUGCUGAUCCAGCUGGAGGCCUUCAGGGAGGCCAAGGCCGAGGACGAGGAGGAGCUGCUGCGGGUCUUCGGGGGCUUCAACAUCAACAGCCACCAGGAGGUCUUCUCCUCCCUCUUCCACAAGGUGAGCAGCUCCCCGGUGUCCGCCCACCUGCUGUGCAUGCUGCAGGGCCUCCUGCACCUGGAGCCCACCCUCCGCUCCAGCCAGCUGCUCUGGGAGGCCCUGGAGAGCCUGGUCAACCGGGCCGUGCUCCUGGCCAGUGACCCCCAGGAGUGCACGCCGGAGGAGGUGGUCGAGCGGCUGCUGUCUAUCAAGGGGCGGCCCCGCCCGUGCUCCCUGGACAAGGCCCACAAGAGCGUCCAGGUCGACCUCGGCCAGAGUCGAAGGGGCAACUCCCCGCAAAACACGGGUGCCCCGAUGGCGGGCGUGCAGGACCAGCAGCCAGCGGCCCUCGCCGGCCAGCACGUUGCCGGCGUCCAGAGCGAGCGUGGCAGGGUGGCACCGCAGCCCACAGCCCCGGAGCAGCCGGAGCCCACCCCGCCCCCGCCUGCACCCCCCCUCCCUGGCACCACGACCGCGCCCCCGCCCCCUCCCCCGCCGCCCCCUCCCCCGCCGCCCCCCCCACCCCUGCCAGGCCUGGGGGCUGCAUUCCUCUCACCCCCACCGCCCCCGCCACCCCCACUCCCUGGGUCUGGUGGGACCGUACCCCCCCCACCUCCACUCCCAGGCCUGGGGUGUCCGCCCCCGCCCCCGCCCCUGCCGGGCACCUCCGGGCCCCCUGCGGUGGGCGGCGUGGAGGAGAGCAUCGUGGCCCAGGUGGGCCACAGCCUGGGCUCCGCCUGGGUGCCCAGCCACCGGCGGGUGAACCCCCCCACGCUGCGCAUGAAGAAGCUGAACUGGCAGAAGCUGCCGCCCAGCGUGGCCCGAGAGCACAGCUCCAUGUGGGCGACGCUGAGCAGCCCCGAUGCCGAGGUGGUGGAGCCUGACUUCUCCAGCAUCGAGCGGCUCUUCUCCUUCCCCACGGCCAAGCCCAAGGAGCAGGCAGUGGCCCCAGCCAGGAAGGAGCCCAAGGAGGUCACUUUUCUGGACUCCAAGAAGAGCCUGAACCUCAACAUCUUCCUGAAGCAGUUUAAAUGCUCCAACGAGGAGGUCACCGCCAUGAUCCGGGCUGGAGACACUGCCAGGUUUGACGUGGAGGUCCUCAAGCAGCUCCUCAAGCUCCUUCCCGAGAAGCACGAGAUCGAAAACCUGCGCUCCUUCACAGAGGAUCGGGCCAGGCUAGCCAGCGCCGACCAGUUCUACCUUCUCCUGCUGGACAUCCCCUGCUACCAGCUCCGGGUCGAGUGCAUGCUGAUGUGCGAGGGCACGGCCGUCGUGCUGGACAUGGUGCGGCCCAAGGCCCAGCUGCUGCUCGCCGCCUGCGAGAGCCUGCUCACCAGCCACCGGCUGCCCGUCUUCUGCCAGCUGAUCCUGAAAAUCGGGAACUUCCUCAACUACGGGAGCCACACCGGGGACGCCGACGGCUUCAAGAUGAGCACCCUGCUGAAGCUCACGGAGACGAAGGCCCAGCAGAGCCGCGUCACGCUGCUGCACCACGUGCUGGAGGAAGUGGAGGAGAGCCACCCUGACCUCCUGCAGCUGCCCCAGGACCUGGAGCUGCCCUCCCGCGCGGCAGGGAUCAACCUUGAGAUCAUCCACUCCGAGUCCAGCAACAACCUGAAGAAGCUUCUGGAGAUGGAACGGAAGGUGUCCUCCUGCAUCCCAGAGGUGCAGGAACAGUACUCCCAACGCCUCCAGGCCAGCAUCGCGGCCUCCCAGGCGCUAGAGGAGGUGUUCCAGGCCAUCGAGCAGAAGCAGCUGGAGCUGGCCGGCUACCUGUGCGAGGACGCCCAGCAGCUGUCCCUGGAGGACACGUUCAGCACCAUGAAGGCCUUCCGGGACCUCUUCACCCGUGCCCUGAAGGAGAACAAGGAGCGCAGGGAGCAGGCGGCCAAGGCCGAGAGGCGGAAGCAGCAGCUGGCGCAGGAGGAGGAGGCCCGGAGGCUGCGGGGCGAGGACGGGAAGGCUGUCAGGAGGGGAGGCGGGAAGCAGGAGGAGGUGUGUGUCGUCGACGCCCUGCUGGCCGACAUCAGGAAGGGCUUCCAGCUGCGCAAGACCGCCCGCGGCCGAGGGGACGCCGAGGCGGCCAGCAGGGCAGCUGCCGCAGAGCCCCCGAGGAGCAAGGCGCCCGCGGCCCCCCGGGCCCUCGUGGGAGGCCCCAGCCUCCCCACCUCGGAGCCUAGUCUUGACGCUGCAGCGGCCAAGGAGCCCCGGGGCUGGGACCUCGCGGGUGCCGCCCCCACCAGCCCCCAGCCCGCGGGAGACGCAUCCCAGAACGGUGGUCCUGGGGCCCUGGAGAGACGCUCCUCCUGGUACAUGGACGCCAGUGAUUUCCUGGCCACCGAGGGCCCCCAGGGCCCCCAGCCCUCUGCAGUGGUGCUGGGAGACACUCAGGCCCUGAAGCCCCUCAGCUUCUCCAGUGACAAGCCCCCCAAAGCUAUGGGUUUGAGCCAAGACAGCGAGGAACCUGCAGCCUCUCCGGGUGCCUGCCGGGUCGGGGCCGACGGCAGGGACGAGGGUCCGGAGGACGCAGCUGCCCACGGCCGCAGCCCCGGCCUCCCUGCGGCAGGCCCCAGUGGGGACGGGGACGAGGACGAGGAGCACACGGCCCCAGACUCCGCGCUGGACACCUCCCUGGACAGGUCCUUCUCCGAGGACGCCGUGACUGACUCGUCAGGGUCCGGCGCCCUCCCCCGGGCCCAGGGCCGGGCAUCGAAGGGCACAGGCAAGCGGAGGAAGAAGCGCCCCUCCAGGAGUCAGGAAGCAGCAGUUGCCCCCGACCCUGACGAUAAUAAAACAAAAAGGUCCUGUGUGGUCCAGUGAGGCCUCAGGCCCCGGCCCAGAGCCAAGUGAGAGGACCCGCAGCGGGGCCCCUGGAUGUGCUGCCGAGCUCAUCCCUCCGGGCCAGGCUGGGACCAGCCCCUGGGAAGCCAACACUCCGUGCCUUACGCAGCCAGUGCCGAGGCCGCCCGGGUCCCUGAGGAGUGGUGGCCGAGACCGCCACAGGCACCGGGGCCCAGCCCACCUGGCGCCCUCCUGGCCCGCCUGCACACCCCCAGCCCCUCGCCAUCUGCUCUCUAAAUGCCAAAGCCCGACCCCGACCCCACGCCGCAUGCACCACGGUGCCCGCCCCGCCACCUGCAGGGGGCGGGUCAGGCGGCUGUGUCUCCCGGCGCGGCUGAGCGUGUGGCCUGGCACCCAGAUCCUGUGCAGACCCCUCCCCCGAAGCUGUGGGAGCCGGGGAGUGCCGGGGCCCCUGCCCUGCAGCUCUGCCCCCCAGCCCACUCAGUUGUGCCGAAGCCGCCGUGUUUAACUGAAAUGGGAUAAUCUGUGCGUUUCUCCCGUUCUGUGGUGGCGGAGCUGGGGAUAGGUAGGUGGGGGAGAGGACCCCCGAGACUUCGGGUCGGGGCAGGCUUGUCUGGCGGUGCACGGGCGGGCCAGGCUCCCUCUGCUCAGCAGAGGGGGACCCAUCCCAGGGGUCCCGCUCUGAGGUGAGGAGGGCUCUGCCCUUGCGGCCACAGCCGGGACGUGGGCACCGCGUCGGCCACACGACCCGCCCUGCAGCUGCUGCUUCCGCCUCCAGACCCCGCUGGGCUGAGGGGAGGCCAGGAUCCCGCCAGCAGGGCUGCCGCCUCCGCUUUCUGCCCCCGGGGGCCCCCUGCACCGCACCCCCCAGCCCCCAGUGUGUGCUGCUGAGAUUGGACGGACUUAGGCCAAUAAAGAGCGGAGCUGGCCCA